AUGACGAAUGAGAAGCCGAGGCUUUGCUUACCUGUUGGUAAUAAGUCUUACACUGAAGCUGCUGUUAUCAUCGUAGGAGCAGGCUUCUCUGAAAUCCGCGUUGUUAUCGAUCUUCUCAAGACAAAUAAAUGGAAAAUUUUUGUGAUUCUAGAGAUGUCAUCCGGCCUGGGUGUGUGGUCACACCUGUACAGCUAUUCGUUUGAACAGAAUCCGGACUGGAUAAAAGAGCACUCUGGUCAAGAGGAGGUUCUAGAGUGCCUAGUUGGUGUGGCUCAAAAGUCUGGGCUUUAUCAAUACAUUCGAUUUAACUCCUCUGAGGAGGAAUGCGAAUGGAAUGACGUGACCCAAAAAUGGAAUAUCGGCGUUCGAGUCUCAGGUGAAAAGGAUGCAGAGUUCAACAGUUCCUAUUCUAUCAAGUCUGACUUCUUGGUAUCAGCUGUCGGCCAUCUUAAUGUUCCGCAGCUACCAUCAAUUCCCGGAUUGUUGGAUUACCAAGGAAAGCUCAUGCAUAGUGCUUAUUGGGACUGGACCUACGGCCCGAAAGGAAAGAAUAUUGCAGUUAUUGGUGUUGGUUCAACAUCCACUCAGAUUGUUCCCGAGGUCGCCAAAUUUGCCAAAUAUCUCACGGUGUAUCAAAGGAACCCUAACCGGAUUGCUCCCCGCAAAAAUUCCCCUAUUCCGAUGUGGGAAAGAAUGAUCUACAAGUAUCUCCAUCCCUACAUUUGGCGGUACAAGCGAGCGCAAAUGAUGAACUACCGCGAGAAAACCUUCGGUUCCCUAGUAGUUUCUACGCCCCAGAAUGCCGAUAACUUCGAAGUCCUUUGCGAGGCCCACAUGAAAAGGCAACUUCCAGGCCAAAAUGAACUUUGGGACAAGCUUUUGCCCGUUUACAAGAUUGUUGCAAGCAUGUCAUCUCUUCCGAUGACGUUUAUCCUGUCUUCCUACGAGAGAAUACAAAAUUGGAGACUGUUCGACUUGAUCACUCUCGCUACUGGAUUGCGAGCUACUGAUUUCAUGUGCAAUAUGAAAAUAACGGGGCGAGACGGGCGUUCUAUUUCCACUGUAUGGAAAGAUGGCGCCGAAGCACUGAACGGCAUUUGUGUCGAGUCAUUGCCCAACUUUGGCAUGAUGUACGGUCCGAACACCAAUAUGAGCCACAAUAGCAUCAUUCUCAUGAUUGAGGCUCAAAGUCGGUACAUCAACGCCUUGAUUGAGGGAGUCAUGAAGGUCCGAGAGGCUGGCGGGCGGGUUACCAUCGAGCCAAACCCCAGAGAGUACGGGAUUACAACAAAAGGAUCCAAGACGAACUACUACGCCAGUCCCGAUUGCAACAGCUGGUAUAAAAUUUCCGAAUCUGGCAAAGUUACCAACAACUGA